GAGCACAGCCCGCGGGCCUGGAGCUGGGGGGACCGGGCGGACGGCAUGCUGCGGCGGAUCGCAUCCCGGUGCGCCCGGGGUCUGGGGGCCGGCGGGGGCGCACAUCCUGCCGUGGGACUCUGCCACCCCGGCCGCAGCUCCAGCAGCCGGUCCUCCGAUGCGCCCCGGAACCAGCCCCCCAGCUCCGAGUUCGUGGCGCGGCCAGUGGGCGUCUGCUCCAUGAUGCGGCUGCCGGUGCAGGCCUCCCCCGAGGGGCUGGACGCCGCCUUCGUCGGGGUGCCGCUGGACAUUGGGACCUCCAACCGGCCCGGGGCGAGAUUUGGACCUCGGCGGAUCCGGGAAGAAUCAGUGAUGCUUCGGACAGCAAACCCUAGCAUGGGGGCCCUCCCCUUCCAGUCCCUCAUGGUUGCAGACCUAGGCGAUGUGAACGUCAAUCUUUACAACCUUACGGACAGCUGCCGUCUAAUUCGAGAGGCCUAUCAGAAAAUUGUAGCAGCUGGCUGUAUUCCCCUCACCUUGGGUGGAGAUCACACAAUCACAUAUCCAAUAUUACAAGCAAUGGCAAAAAAGCAUGGCCCCGUGGGGCUGCUGCAUGUGGACGCUCACAUGGACACGGCUGACAAGGCCCUCGGAGAGAAGCUCUAUCACGGGACGCCCUUCCGCCGCUGCGUGGACGAGGGUCUCCUGGACUGCAAGCGCGUGGUGCAGAUCGGCAUCCGGGGCUCCGCCAUGACCUUGGAUCCCUACAGAUACAGCCGGAGCCAGGGCUUCCGGGUGGUCCCGGCUGAAGACUGCUGGAUGAAGUCCCUGGUUCCUCUGAUGGGGGAGGUGAGGCAGCAGGUGGGCGGCAGACCCAUUUAUAUCAGCUUUGACAUCGACGGCUUGGAUCCUGCCUAUGCCCCAGGGACAGGCACCCCUGAAACUGCCGGGCUCACCCCUAGUCAGGCGCUGGAAAUCAUCCGGGGUUGUCAAGGCCUGAACGUGGUGGGUUGUGAUCUUGUGGAAGUUUCGCCGCCCUACGAUCCUUUUGGAAACACGGCCCUUCUGGCGGCUAACCUGCUGUUUGAGAUGCUGUGUGCUCUCCCCAAAGUGACGGUCGUCUGAACCUUGUGCUCUCCCCAAAGUGACGGUCAUCUGAACCUUGUGCUCUCCCCAAAGUGACGGUCGUCUAAACCUUGUGCUCUUCAAGAUACAACAGGUUGUGCUGAUGACAAUUCUCAAGAAUUUCUGUGCAAGCAGUCUGAGUACUCAAAGAGUUUAUGCCAGUAAAACUUUCCACUAAACAGUGUCCCCGGGGCCUAUAAAACCAGGGCAUUCAGUAGAACUCUAAUCCAACAGCUAAUAUUUCUAUGGAGUUUGAAUGAACUAAAAACAGAGAAGCACUUGUGUUGUUUUGAUGAAAGAUGCUGGAGGAUUAAGGGGAAAAGGGAGCCAAGGAGCAUUUGGUUCAAGAUGAUCUAAAAAUUGGAGAAGUGAAAUAAAAAAGCCCUAGGACAUAAUCCUGCAUAAACAUCCCAUAUCUAGUUUCUUCCUUCACACUGUGGCUUCUCCUGAGGAACUCAGGGCUGCAUCUGGGUUUUAGGACCACUGUGAACCUAAACAAAAAGUUUGAAUGAAAGUAACAUGCAGAUCCUGAUAAAGAAACUUCCCACUCAAAAGCCCAGGAGGGUGCACAGAAUGUCUUUUCAACCAGACAUCAGGUGGCCUCCAAAGAGCCCUUGGUGACCCUUCCUAACCCACUUCCUCCCUUUCACAUUAUCUACUCUUGGAGCUGAUGCACCCUCCGUGACGGCAACUCCUGAAAUCUGCAGGGAAGAUUCAGGCGUGGGUUGAGUUACAUGCAAAUUCAGUUUUGUCGCUAACGUGUCCACGGGCAAAUCAUCAUCUCCCAACGCAAGAGCGACGCAUAAUCAUCACACAUUAAAAUAGUUUAUUUCUG